CGCAAGACGCCCGAUGGGUCUAAUGCCGAGGACUUGGCUCGAUAACAAAGCCUCCCAACGACGGUCUGCGAGGUGUUGGUCCUUUAUAUAGUUGGAACAUUGUCAUGAAGCCACUCAUGCCAUCAGCAGAAACCUCUAUCCACGCCAUCUUUUAUAAUGGGUUCGACACCAACUACUGCACCAAUGGCUGAUUCCGCCACCAAACCUGAACUUUACAUCCUCAGUGACUUUCAUCCAGAGGCCGUAAAAUAUGCCCAAAAGUCUUUUGAUUGCAUCCUCUAUGGCGAUCCUCGCACAGAGAAUUGGCACUCUCACGCCACAGCAAUCCUUAUCAAGGAUUACUACAUCACAGAAGAUGACCUCGCCUCCGCUCCCAUGUUACGGGUCAUUGGCAAACAGGGCGUCGGCUUGGAUAAGAUUGACGUCGAGGCUUGCAAAAGACACAAUGUUAAAGUUUGUAACACUCCUGGCGUUAAUGCCUCGGCUGUUGCAGAGAUGGCGCUUUGUCUGGCGUUGACUGUCGCUCGGGAAGUGCCCCAGAUGGUAAUCCGACAGAGAAUUCAGGGCGAAGCUAUUCGAAAAGAGACUGUAGCCGGAAUGCUGCUGUCUAAAAAAAUCAUUGGAGUUGUAGGCAUGGGCCAUAUCGGUCAAGCUAUUGCACAUAUGUUCGUUGGCGGAUUGCAAGCAGAGAUCAUUGCUUUUGAUCCAUAUUUCCACGACAACGAAAGCUCCUGGAACACAAUACCCUACAAACGCGUCAAGACCCUCCCUGAGCUUCUCGAGGUCGCAGACGUGGUGACACUACAUGUCCCUCUCACCCCCAGUACGAAGAACAUGAUUGCAGCGCCGCAGUUGAAGCAGAUGAAGAAAACAGCCAUAUUGAUCAACACAGCACGUGGUGGGAUCGUCAAUGAGGAAGAUCUGGAAGAUGCGUUGGAGCAAGGUGAGAUUUGGGGUGCUGGUUUUGACUGCCAUUGUGAGGAGCCGCCGACAUUGGCAAAGUAUGAGCGGCUUUGGAAGUGUCCGCGUUUCGUUGGGACGCCGCAUAUUGCUGCUGCGACGGAUGAGACUCAAAUUGCUACGAUCAAUGGGGCCACGGAUGGUAUACUUCAGUUCUUGCGUGAGAACAAGAAAUGAAUAGUCAGAUCGAUGAAGUCCCAAGGUUGCUAGGGCAAAGGGAGCACUGUUCGAUACAUAUUUAUGUAGGCAGAAUGAAACAAUUACAGUGGAACAUACUGUCCUGUGAAACUGAGCUAAAAGUCUGAUGACCUUGCCGGUGACUCUUCCC